AUUGGCCAAUGGAAAGUUGAAGAUUUGCACGCAAAAACAACGCCCAAACGUCCCUCUCUACCAUCAUCUUUCGCACACUCUAAACCAGUAAUACACGAGCGCCACCUCACAGCCCCCACCAUCAUCGUCAUCAAACCUUCCACUGGGUUUACUUUCCUUCAUCUCAGACUUUUAACACAACCCCAAUCGAUUAUCUACUGCAAUUCUUCCUGAUUUUUGCUUAAAUUCAUGAUCGGAGUAAGGGGGGCCUUCUAAUUUCUCCAAUCCCUCCAUUUUCGCCAUCUGGGUCGCGCUCGUUUGAGGUCAAAUACAUGCUGCCAAGUCCUGAUAUGCCUUUUUGGGUGAUUUUGACAUCUGGGGGGAAUAAACCAGGCGAAUUGAGAAAGAAAUGAGAAGAAAGUGGCGAGUGGGAUGCCGGGUGGGCGGCUCUCGGUUUUUGAGCGUGUUCGGAGAUUAGGCGGCAGUUUCAAGACUCGAAAGCUUGACGAACAAGCAAAUCAAGCCCUAACUGUUUCUUUGAGUAAAGGGCUUUUCCCUUACUAGUCAAGUGGUAAGGUAGAGCGUAUUCAGCUCAGCUGGUUAGAGCAAAGGACUGAAAAUCCUUGGGUAAGUGGUUCGAAUCCGCUUCAGGGAUAUCCAUUUGUGACCAAUUUAUUACAGAGAACCUCGAAGUAUAUGCCAUGGCUGAUGGCAGUCCAGGGACCGACAUCUCUACAGACGUCGACACAGAUGACAAAAACCAGAGGCUUGAUAUGGUUCUGCUUAAUGCUGCUGUGGCUUCUGAUUCAAGUGAUAGAACAAAAGACAAGUCUGAUCAGAAGACUCUACGUAGGCUUGCACAGAAUCGUGAAGCUGCCCGAAAAAGUCGACUGCGAAAAAAGGCAUAUGUUCAACAGCUCGAGAGUAGUCGUUUAAAGUUGACCCAACUCGAGCAGGAGCUUCAGCGAGCACGGCAGCAGGGAAUCUUCAUAUCAAGCUCUGGAGAUCAGGCUCAUUCAAUGGCUGGAAAUGGAGCCAUGGCGUUCGAUGUGGAAUACGCCCGUUGGUUGGAAGACCAAAACAAGCAGAUCAAUGAAUUGAGAGCAGCCGUAAACUCUCAUGCAAGCGAUACCGAACUUCGAAUGGUUGUCGAUGGCAUCUUGCUUCACUACGACGAGUUUUUUCAGUUAAAAAGCGUCGCUGCAAAGGCUGAUGUUUUUCACUUAUUGUCGGGCAUGUGGAAAACACCAGCUGAAAGAUGUUUUUUGUGGCUUGGUGGUUUCCGUUCAUCAGAGCUCCUAAAGCUUCUUGUAAAUCAAUUAGAGCCGCUCACAGAACAGCAAUUGUUGGGCAUAUCAAACUUGCAGCAGUCUUCACAACAAACUGAAGAUGCAUUGUCACAAGGCAUGGAAGCGUUGCAGCAAUCAUUGGCUGAGACAUUGUCCAGUGGAUCACUUGGCUCUUCGAAUGCGUCUGGCAAUGUGGCUAACUACAUGGGCCAAAUGGCCACGGCCAUGGGGAAACUUGGGACUCUUGAGGGGUUUAUUCUCCAGGCUGACAAUCUACGACAACAGACACUGCAACAAAUGCACCGGAUAUUGACAACUCGUCAAUCAGCUCGUGCUCUUCUUGCAAUCCAUGAUUACUUCUCUAGACUACGAGCCCUUAGUUCCCUGUGGCUAGCUCGUCCAAAAGAGUGAAUGACGUUUUGAUGUCUCCCCAAGUAUAUCGACAAAAGCCAUUAGAUAAACAAUUCCAUAGUUUCCAUUUUUCAUUUGUGUGCCUGAUUACAUGGUAUCUGUCUUGUGAUAAUCUAAAGAUGCUACUUGCAACAAUCUGUAUGUAUCAUUGUAUCUGUAUGUUAUUUAAUGCGAGUCUCUUUUUUUG